AUGUGUGACCAACAGAAACAGCAACAGUUCCCUCCAUCCUGCGUGAAAGGUUCAGGUUUGGGGGUUGCUCAAAGUACAAAAUGUGCACCUGUGAAAUGUGUAGCUCCAUGCCAGACAAAGACUGUCUCUGUUACUGGUCCUGCUCCAGUCCAGAGUCAAGCCUGCGUGAAAUGCCCAGCUCCAUGCCCUACUCAAACCUUUGUGAAAUGCCAAGUUCCGUGCCAGACUCAGACCUACGUGAAAUGCCCUGCUCCGUGCCAGACAACAUAUGUGAAGUGUCCAACUCCGUGUCAAACCCAGAUGUAUGUCAAAUGCCCAGCUCCGUGCCAGACAACCUACGUGAAAUAUCCAACUCCUUAUCAGACUCAGACAUAUUAUGUCCAGUACCCAUCUCCUGGCCAGACCUACUACAUGCCGGCUCCUGGAAGUGGCACAGUGCAGAGCUCAGGAGCUCAGGGCUGUGUCCCUGACCCAUGCUCUGCUCCCUGCUCCACCAGCUACUGCUGCCUGGCUCCCCGCACCUUCGGGGUGAGCCCCCUGAGGCGCUGGGUCCAACGACCCCAGUGUUGCAGCACAGGAUCAUCUGGCUGCUGUGGAAGUUCUGGGUGCAGCAGCUCUGGGUGCUGUAGUUCUGGGUGCAGCAGUUCUGGGGGCUGUGGCUCUGGGUGCGGCUGUGGCUCUGGAUGCUGCUGUUUGGGAAUUAUCCCCAUGAGGUCCCGAGGUCCUGCAUGCUGUGACUGUGAAGACGAUUGCUGCUGUUAA